AGUCAUAACAAACUGCAGGAAAGGAAGAAGAGUGGCGAAAAACAGACAAGAUAGUUUGCAUUAUUUGCCACAAGUUUUCGCAUUUAAAGCCAACUCCCAACUCUCCGGGCUGACGAUGGAGGUGGACCAGAUGCCUCUGGCCGACGUGGUCUUCAUCAUUGAGGGCAGCGCCAUCAACGGCGCGUACAUCAACGAGCUCAAGACCAACUAUAUUCUGCCGACGCUGGAGCACUUCACCACUGGCUCCAUUGACGAGCGGGAGUAUCUCAUCGCAGAGCGUUUCGCCACGCUGUACGGGAUCGUGGUCUACCGCACCGCGGCCAAUCUGCUGGAGCCCGUGUGCACCACCUACGGACCCUUCCUGCAGCCCCAGAAAGUAAUGGAGACGAUCGAACGCCUACCGCUGGUUGGAGGCGGAAUGGAGUCCUGUGCCCACAUGGCUGAGGGAUUUGCCGCGGCCCACGGUUGCUUCGACGACAUUAGCGAAAGGCGCCAACUGCUUGACCAGACCAACGUCCAGCGGCACUGCAUCCUGAUCUGCAACAGUCCACCGUACCAGAUGCCCACCACGGAAUCGUGGAAGUAUCCGGGCAAGUCCUGCGAGCAGCUGGCGGCGCUGUUUAACGAGCGAAAGAUCAAUCUCUCUAUCAUUGCUCCCCGCAAGAUGCCGGUGCUGUUUAAGUUGUUCAUGAAAGCCGACGGAGAUCAACCGAUUACCAGCAAGAACUAUGCCAAGAACAUCCGGCACCUAGUGCUGCUCAAGGGAUACAGCCUCAAGGAGCGAGCUCCCAGUCCCAACAGCAUGGCGGCCCAGAUGGCUGCUCCCAACGCUGCCCAAGCUGCAGUGCAGCAGCAGCAACAGAACCCAGCCGCUCAGCAGCAAUCAGGCCAGGGCAUGUCCAUGGACACUACGCCCGCUCAACAGCAGCAGCAGCAGCAGCAGCAGCAACAACAACAACAGCAGCAGCAGCAAGGCAAUCCCCAGGUCAUGAACAUGAAUUCGAUGCAGCAACAGCAGCCAGGUCAAAAUCCUCAGGCCGGCCUUCUUAAUCCUCAGCAGCAACAACUCUUGCAGCAACAGCAACAACAACAGCAGCAGAAUCAAUUUGUGCCCAACCAGAUGCAGAAUCCCAAUUUCCAGCAAAACGUGGUGCCCGGCCAAAACCGUUGGAUGUAUCCCAAUCAGCCGGGACAGGCCCGUCCGCAGUUCAUGCAGGGCGCAGGCAAUGUAGGCGGUGUCGGCCAAGGCGGUGGCAUGCAACAGAAUCCCAACUCUGCUCUAAUCUCGCGCAUUAAUGCGCCACCGCCAAACCAAACUGUGACUUCGCUGCAGCAGCAGCAACAGCAGCAGGCACAGCAGCAACAGGCCCAACAGCAACAACAACAGAGGAUGCAGUUGCUCAACCAGCAACAGAUGCUCAACCACCAGCAAUUGCAACAGCAACAACAACAGUUGGCCCAGCAGCAACAACAACAACAACAGGGCAACCCCAAUGCCGGCAACAACAUGAUGCCGUCGGGCAAUGCAGGCAAUAUGCCCAAUCCACAGCAACAACAAGUGGGACAGCAGUCAAAUCCCCAACAGCAAGGCAAUCCCCAGCAGCAACAGCAGCCGAAUUCGCAGCAGGAGCAGGCCUCCCUGAGGGAAAAGAUCUGGACCGGAAUUCUGGAGUGGUCAGAGAAGCCGAAGUCGGAUCAGCAAAAGAUUCCGCACACGCUCCAGUGCACCGUCUGCACCAACAUCAAAGACGGCGAGCCUGAGAUCAAGGCUGAGAACUGGCCGCCCAAGCUGUUGAUGCAAUUGAUGCCCAAGCAUUUGGUGGGCAACAUCGGCGGCCAGUUCCUGAAGGACUCUAAGAUGGUUGUUUUUCGACCGACUCCGGGAGAAGCACUUGACUCGCUGGCCAAGAUGAUGACUUCGGGAUACGCUGGCUGCGUUCACUUCUCCUCCAUUCCCAACCUGCCCGCCUGUGAGCUCAAGGUCCUCAUCCUGCUGUACACGCCCGAUCGCAACGCCUUCCUGGGCUUCAUCCCGAACAAUCAGGCGAUGUUCGUGGAGCGUCUGCGCAAAGUCAUCCAGCAGAAACAGCAUGGCAACAUGCAACAGCAACAAAUGAUGCAGCAGCAGGGCAAGUCGCCCAUGGAGCUGCAGCAGCAACAGCAACAACAACAGCAGCAGCAGCAACAAAUGCAGCAGGACAACUCGCAGCAACAGCACUACAACCAGUACCAGCUCAAUAUGCAGAUGGGCGGAGGAGGUCCGGGCGGAGGACCGGGUCCUGGGCCCGGCGGCAUGCCCAUGCAGCAGAACCAGAUGCAGAUGAACAUGAUGCAGCAACAGCGAAUGCCGCUCGGCGUGGGCGUUGGUCCCGGUGGCGUGCCUAAUCCUAAUCUCCAGCAGCAGCUGCAACAGGUGGCGCCCAACGUGGCCGCCAUGCAGCAGCAGCAGCAGGCGCAACAACAGCAACAGCGCAUGGUUCGACCCAUGAUGAGCAACAACAAUCCCGGACUUCGCCAGCUCCUGCAGCACCAGACCACGCCAGGCAACCAGUUCCGCCCGCAGAUGGGCGGCCAGAAUCCUAACCAAAUGGGAGCCGGCGGUCCAAUGGUCGGCAAUCGCAACUUUGACGACGGUAGCUACGAGUUCAAUAUGUAGGUUCCUUCAAAAGGUCGUAUUGCUAAAUAGAAUUAAAUUUCCUAUCGCGAAGUCUCAAUACAGGGGUUCCGAAUACCUGUAAAGGUUUUCCCGUCGGUUAGUUAUUAAAAUUUCCCAAAACUAAAACAUUAAACCGCAAUUACUUUUGUCACUUUCAUCAUA